ACACUUGACAUCUGCUAUUGACUAUGACAAAUUGUCUACACAACUGCAAUUUGAAAAUUAAAAAUGAAAUCAUCAUCCUCAAUUCAUAAAUAAAAAGCAAAAUAUUUAAUAGAAGUUUAAAUAUAUUUGGUCAUCGGUUUCAUUUAGUUUCAAGGUGUUACAAUUUCAAAAUGUCGCAAAAUAUUAAAAUUUUACCUGGUGCAACUGUGUGUGAGGAUUGUACAUUAGAAGGGGAUAUAACAAUUGGUGGAGGGACAGUCAUUCACCCAAGAGUUACUAUCAUUGCUGAUGGCGGCCCAAUUAUUAUAGCUGAAUAUUGUAUUAUCGAAGAAUAUUCCACAAUUAUACAUAAGAAAAGUGACAAACAAGAGAAUCCACCAAAACCACUGUUUAUAGGUGCUCAUAAUGUUUUUGAAGUGGGAUGUCGGUUAGAGUCUUCAUUUGGCCAUAUUGGAGAGAGUAAUGUGUUUGAAUGCAGAUCAUUUGUUGGUGUUAAUGUAAAAAUUGGUAGUGGAUGUGUUAUUGGUGCAGCUUGUAAUUUAACUGUAACACAAACAUUAGCAGAUAACACAGUUAUAUGGGGGUCAGAACAUCAUAACAGAGAAGCUCUAGAAAAGCAACCUUCCCAGCUAUUACAAUUGGACUUUCUCAGCAAAGUAAUGCCAAAUUAUCACAGGCUAAGGAAACCAAAUGUACAUAAACGUUUGCCUUCCAGACAAUCACAAGAAAUUUCAAAAUAAUUCUUCAUUUUGAAAUCUUGUGUUUAAUAUUAAUUGAAUACUCUUAAAAAUAUAAUACUGUUUGCUAAAUUUUAAGCUUAA